AAGCAUUAAUCUUGUGAUCGAAUACCAAACCAUCCUCUGUUUCCCCUUCUUCUUUCGCACCAUCUCCUAUUGUUCUUUUCUUUUCUGGUUCUUCUAUUGAGGAUAUAUAUAUAUAUAUAUAUAUAUAUUUUGGGUUGAUGUCAAGGCUGAUGUUUUCAACCAUGAGAUCAGUGUCUCGGAGUUGCGGUUGUCAUGGGGAUCAGUUGUGCUUGAUGGUUACUGGGUCACCGAAAGCUUGGCUCUUAUGUUCAUUUUGUAGCUUUCUUUGCGACAUUUGAGAAUUGGUUCUGAAGACCCAGAAUUGCCCAGCGAAGUUCCACAUGUUAGGGCAAGCAAUUUAGUGCAGAGUGUCUGAGACCCAUUUGUUUGCAUCAGUUGCAGGAAGAGUUGGUGUGGUCUGUAGGAAUAAUUUGCAAGGUGGCCACAGCGACAUCAGCGUUUUUGUAGUAGUAUUGGUAUAUAUUUGCUGCGGUUGUGUGAACCACGAGCAAAGGCAGGCGACCAGUGAUUCGUAGAAUUCUGGACGUUCUAGUUUGCGAAUUACCAUGUCAAUUCAAGAUUCUGAGGUGCGGGAGUGCAGCUAUGAAAAUAUUUUUUUAACGGAUGGAUUUUCGAAACCCGUGGUGCGAUUGAUGAGCAUGCUGCCUCAAGUGCCCGAACCCGCGGGUGCAUUUUGGGGUUGUGUAGUGGUAGCAGCAGCUGUGGUUUUAGGAUCUGUAGCAAUGGCUCACCAAAGUGGGAAAAUCGCCAACCACAUGACGACAACCAUGGAAAUACAGGGAGAGCGGAUAACCAAUACUUGCGAAAAGAUUACCAACACUUCGGAGCAGCUAUUGGUGGCCCUUGUUCACCACAGCGAUCGAAUUGCAGCCACAGGAGAAAGAAUCGCGUCCCUUGCUGAGGCUUACGACAUUCACGUCAACUUCAAACUUUGCAGGACUGACGACUUCAGUAGAACGGUUGCAAAAUCAGAGAGUAUUGGCCAAGACAUAUUUCUCGUCACCAAUGCUUCCGAAACCUUCAGAUGCUGACGCAAGGAAGAUUGGUCCUUCAGAGUAUUAAGUGUUAUUAUUGUUUGCGGUACAGUGAGAGCCCAUCCGCAUCUGCAGUGAAAUUGUCAAUCUAGUACAUGCUAAGAAUACAUGCGACGUAUUCUUCCAAGUUAUGAUCUCUGUACAAUAUGAUGGAUGGCAAAUGACACAUUCAUUUGUUGCGGUUCUCGACCAGAUGCAAGAUACAUAGAUAAUUGAAAACACGCACUGGGAAAGCAGAUAAUUUACUGUCGUAAAUUGCAUGAGGUGAUAAGGUGGGGCCUGGCACCAUUCAAGCACAAGACCUCACAAAAACCGACAUUCUAAAUCGAAAAACUAAUGCUUCUACCGUCUUAA